UCCCGCUUCUUUUCCGGGGGGGGCCGCAGAGGGCUGCCCCGUGCCGCCCACCAUGGCUCAAAUCCUCCCCAUAAGAUUCCAGGAGCAUUUUCAGCUCCAGAAUCUUGGAAUUAAUCCAGCCAACAUUGGGUUCAGCACGUUGACUAUGGAAUCGGACAAAUUCAUCUGCAUCCGAGAAAAAGUUGGUGAACAAGCACAGGUUGUGAUUGUAGACAUGAGUGAUCCAACAACUCUCAUUAGACGUCCUAUCUCUGCAGAAAGUGCCAUUAUGAAUCCUGCUUCUAAAGUAAUUGCUCUGAAAGCGGGGAAAACCCUCCAGAUUUUUAACAUAGAGAUGAAAAGUAAAAUGAAAGCACACACCAUGGCUGAAGAAGUGAUUUUUUGGAAGUGGAUCUCUGUGAAUACCGUCGCUUUAGUGACAGAGACUGCAGUGUAUCAUUGGAGCAUGGAAGGAGACUCUCUGCCCCAGAAGAUGUUUGACCGACACGCCAGCCUUGCAGGCUGCCAGAUCAUCAACUACAGGACAGAUGAGAACCAAAAGUGGUUACUCUUAAUUGGCAUAUCUGCCCAGCAAAACCGUGUGGUGGGUGCCAUGCAGCUGUAUUCGGUGGACCGCAAAGUCUCCCAGCCCAUAGAGGGGCACGCUGCAGCCUUUGCUGAGUUCAAAACCGAAGGAAAUGCCAAGCCUUCCACCCUUUUCUGUUUUGCCGUGCGAAGCCCUGCAGGAGGCAAGCUUCACAUAAUUGAAGUGGGUCAACCUGCCACAGGAAACCAGCCCUUUGUCAAAAAAGCAGUCGACGUCUUUUUUCCUCCAGAGGCGCAGACGGAUUUCCCAGUUGCAAUGCAGAUUGGAACAAAGCAUGGCGUUAUCUAUCUGAUCACAAAAUACGGAUACAUACACAUGUACGAUUUGGAAUCCGGAGUCUGCAUCUACAUGAACCGAAUCAGCGCUGAAACGAUAUUUGUAACUUCGACUCACGAACCUACCUCUGGAAUUAUUGGGGUGAACAAGAAAGGACAGGUCCUUUCUGUUUGUGUGGAAGAAGACAACAUUGUAAACUAUGCCACCAACGUCCUCCAGAAUCCUGAUUUAGGUCUGCGGAUGGCUAUCCGAAGUAAUUUAGCUGGAGCAGAAGAACUCUUUGCCAGAAAAUUUAAUACUCUUUUUGCGCAGGGAAACUAUGCAGAGGCAGCCAAAGUGGCCGCGUCUGCACCCAAGGGCAUCCUGCGCACUAGCGACACGAUCCGGAAGUUUCAGAGUGUCCCGGCUCAAGCUGGACAAGCCUCGCCCUUGCUGCAGUACUUUGGCAUCCUCCUUGACCAAGGCCAGCUCAACAAAUUUGAAUCUCUGGAACUCUGCCGUCCCGUCCUUCAGCAAGGCCGCAAGCAGCUGCUAGAAAAAUGGUUGAAAGAAGACAAGCUGGAGUGCUCCGAAGAGCUGGGAGACUUAGUGAAGGCUGCUGACCCAACCCUUGCCCUCAGUGUUUAUCUCCGUGCAAACGUACCAAACAAAGUAAUCCAGUGUUUUGCAGAAACUAGUCAGUUCCAGAAAAUUGUUCUUUACGCCAAAAAGGUUGGCUAUACCCCGGAUUGGAUUUUCUUGUUGAGAAGUGUGAUGAGGGUCAACCCAGAUCAGGGCCUUCAGUUUGCCCAGAUGUUGGUUCAGGAUGAAGAGCCUUUGGCCAACAUCAAUCAGAUUGUCGAUGUGUUCAUGGAGAACAGUUUAAUUCAGCAGUGCACUUCCUUCUUGCUGGAUGCGUUGAAAAACAAUCGCCCUGCUGAAGGCCACCUUCAGACUCGUCUUCUUGAGAUGAACCUCAUCCAUGCUCCCCAGGUUGCGGAUGCCAUUUUGGGAAAUCAGAUGUUCACACACUAUGAUCGAGCCCACAUUGCCCAGCUUUGUGAGAAAGCUGGCUUGCUUCAGAGAGCCCUGGAGCACUACACCGAUCUUUAUGAUAUCAAGCGUGCCGUUGUACAUACCCACCUUCUGAAUCCAGAGUGGCUGGUGAAUUUCUUUGGCUCCCUGUCUGUCGAAGACUCUGUCGAGUGCCUACGUGCUAUGUUGUCUGCCAACAUCCGACAAAAUCUGCAGCUCUGUGUUCAGGUAGCUUCGAAGUAUCACGAACAGUUGGGCACCCAAUCCCUUGUGGAACUCUUUGAAUCCUUCAAAAGCUAUGAAGGGCUCUUUUAUUUCUUGGGUUCUAUUGUCAACUUCAGCCAGGAUCCAGAUGUCCACUUUAAAUAUAUCCAGGCUGCCUGCAAGACUGGCCAGAUCAAAGAAGUUGAACGGAUCUGCCGCGAAAGCAACUGUUACAAUCCAGAACGAGUGAAAAACUUCCUGAAGGAAGCCAAGCUUACAGACCAGCUUCCCCUGAUCAUCGUCUGCGAUCGAUUUGACUUCGUUCACGACCUGGUGCUUUACUUGUACCGUAACAACUUACAGAAGUACAUUGAGAUCUACGUUCAGAAGGUAAACCCGAGCCGCAUCCCCGCGGUUGUGGGAGGACUCCUGGACGUGGAUUGCUCUGAAGACGUGAUUAAGAACUUGAUCAUGGUGGUGAGAGGCCAGUUUUCAACCGACGAAUUGGUAGCUGAAGUAGAAAAAAGGAACAGGCUUAAGUUGCUGCUGCCUUGGCUGGAGUCUCGGAUUCACGAAGGCUGCGAAGAACCAGCGACGCACAAUGCCCUGGCUAAAAUCUACAUCGACAGCAACAACAACCCCGAGCGCUUCCUGCGGGAGAAUCCCUUUUACGACAGCCGUGUUGUAGGCAAAUACUGUGAGAAGAGGGACCCUCACCUGGCCUGCGUAGCCUAUGAAAGGGGGCAGUGUGACCUCGAGCUCAUAAAGGUUUGCAACGAGAAUUCUUUGUUCAAGAGUGAAGCUCGUUACUUGGUGCGAAGAAAAGAUCCAGAACUGUGGGUCAACGUUUUGGAGGAAAACAACCCCUUCAGGAGACCACUCAUUGAUCAGGUUGUCCAGACGGCGUUAUCAGAAACUCAAGAUCCAGAAGAAGUUUCUGUGACGGUCAAAGCGUUCAUGACAGCUGACCUACCAAACGAACUGAUUGAGUUGCUUGAAAAGAUCGUCUUGGAUAAUUCUGUCUUCAGCGAGCACAGGAAUCUCCAGAACCUGUUGAUCUUGACGGCCAUCAAAGCCGACCGCACUCGGGUGAUGGAAUACAUCAAUCGUCUGGACAACUAUGAUGCCCCAGAUAUUGCCAAUAUUGCCAUCAGCAAUGAGCUCUACGAAGAAGCGUUUGCCAUCUUUAGGAAGUUUGACGUCAAUACUUCUGCCAUUCAGGUGUUGAUAGAACACAUUGGCAAUCUGGAUCGUGCGUAUGAAUUUGCAGAGAGGUGUAAUGAACCUGCGGUUUGGAGUCAGCUGGGCAGAGCGCAGCUUCAGAAGGACUUGGUUAAGGAAGCUAUAGAUUCUUAUAUAAAGGCUGACGAUCCCUCUGCCUACAUGGAAGUUGUCCAGGCAGCCAACAGAAACGAUAACUGGGAGGAUCUGGUCAAAUUCUUGCAAAUGGCUCAGAAGAAAGCAAGGGAGUCUUACGUUGAGACUGAACUGAUUUUUGCCUUAGCAAAAACAAACAGGCUUUCCGAGCUAGAAGAAUUUGUCAGCGGCCCUAACAAUGCACACAUACAACAGGUUGGCGAUCGCUGCUACGAGGAGGGAAUGUACGAUGCAGCAAAGCUGCUCUACAAUAACGUCUCGAAUUUUGCUCGCCUGGCCUCCACCUUGGUUCAUCUUGGGGAGUACCAAGUAGCCGUUGACAGCGCUCGCAAAGCCAACAGCACCAGGACGUGGAAGGAGGUGUGUUUUGCCUGUGUGAACGGAAAGGAGUUCCGGCUUGCCCAGAUCUGCGGCUUACAUAUUGUAAUUCAUGCGGAUGAACUUGAGGAGCUGAUAAGCUAUUAUCAGGGGCGUGGGUACUUUGAGGAACUGAUUGCUCUCCUGGAGGCGGCUCUUGGCCUGGAACGUGCUCACAUGGGAAUGUUUACCGAACUUGCUAUUUUAUAUUCGAAAUAUAAACCACAGAAGAUGAGAGAACAUCUGGAACUCUUCUGGUCCAGAGUCAAUAUUCCAAAGGUACUUCGAGCGGCAGAGCAAGCCCAUCUCUGGGGAGAGCUGGUGUUCCUCUAUGAUAAAUAUGAAGAAUAUGACAAUGCAAUAGUUACCAUGAUGAAUCAUCCUACAGAUGCUUGGAAGGAAGGGCAGUUCAAGGACAUCAUUGCAAAGGUUGCCAACGUGGAGUUGUAUUACAAAGCCCUGCAGUUUUAUUUGGAUUACAAGCCAUUGCUGAUCAACGAUCUCCUCCUAGUAUUAUCUCCGCGGCUGGAUCACACCAGGACAGUCGGCUUUUUCUCCAAGGUUAAUCAGCUACCUCUCGUGAAACCUUAUUUGCGUUCAGUCCAGAAUCACAAUAAUAAAGGAGUCAACGAGGCACUGAACAAUCUUCUGACGGAGGAGGAAGAUUACCAAGGCUUGCGAGCGUCUAUUGACGCCUACGAUAACUUUGAUAACAUUACCUUGGCUCAGCGUCUGGAAAAGCACAAGUUGAUUGAGUUCAGGCGGAUCGCCGCAUACUUGUAUAAAGGCAAUAACCGGUGGAAACAGAGCGUGGAGCUUUGCAAGAAGGAUCGGCUUUAUAAGGAUGCCAUGCAAUAUGCCGCAGAAUCCAAAGAUGCUGAGCUGGCUGAGAAACUGCUUCAGUGGUUUCUGGAAGAAGACAAAAAGGAGUGUUUUGCAGCUUCCCUCUUCACAUGCUACGACUUGUUGCAUCCAGACGUGGUCCUGGAGUUGGCAUGGCGGCACAACAUUACGGACUUUGCGAUGCCUUACUUCAUUCAGGUGAUGAGAGAGUACCUUACCAAAGUUGAUGGUCUGUUUAAUAAGGUGGAUAAGCUCGAUGCUUCGGAAAACCUAAGAAAAGAAGAGGAGCAAGUAACCGAACCCACUCCCAUAGUAUUUGGCCAGCAACUGAUGCUCACAGCCGGUCCCAACACCGUCCCUCCACAGGCCAACUUUCCAUACGGAUACACAGCAGCACCAGGAUUCGGCCAGCCACCGGUUUACGGAUUCAAUAUGUAACUUGCACUGCAGCAGACCUUUUUGCUGGUCAUCCUCUCUUCCCUUCCCGCCCCAUGUUCCUUUGUUGUCCGAGGAGGCACCAGACAACUUCCUCCGUUGGCUUUUGACUGCCUUUGCGUGGCCCCCGUGGUUCAGAGACAUCUAAAGGACGCUGUUAUUUAUCGCUAAGUCCUGUUACUUUUCAAUCUCCACAAGGCAGCUCCCCCUGCCUUUUUUUUUGUUUUGGUACCGACAUUUGGAAAGCUUUCUUCAAAACAUAGGUGGCAUCUCUGCUCAACCAGCAGGACAGCAAUAACUUCUUGAGGCCAGGAGGAGAUUCUGGGGUGGCGGGGAGAGAAGAUGUCAGGGAAAUGAAGAAGGAUGUUGCUGUUGCUUUCUCUUUCUUCUGCCGAAUCUUUUUUGCUAGCCCAGUUGUUUCUGGGUGGUAUCCAGUGGUCAAUGCUUAAGAAGUACUGUAACAAAUGACGCAGCCAUGCGAAUAAUGUGGAAUUAGCUUCGGAAUCUUCCUGGUGGGAGGAACAUAUUUCUAAAGUCCUAUGUAACCCUCCUCCUCUCCCCCCGUUUGUAGUGCCUGGCAAAAAAGGGAAAUUGACUACGUAGGAUGGGAAAGGGUAGUAGAUUUGGUAGAAAGCCACCGAGAAAGAAGAGGGGAAAGAAAACGCUUUUAUGCUUCUUGGAGUAGUUUUUGAAACUCUUGAUUGGAGAAUAAAUUGGAUCCUAUCUCAGCGCAGAUAUUUCCCCGAUGUUUUUUUCUGUAGUAUGUAGGGUGAGCGCAUCAAAGGGGUACUGGUGUUUAAAAGGAAAAACCACGUGCAGCUACCAAGGUUUACAGCAAACAUCGACGUAUCCAUGUGCCUGGGGAGCCAUAAGCACUGGAGAUGUAUGGUACCUCCAGGAUCACACUAAGAAUCAUACCAAAAGCGGUGUAUCGUUUUGCUCCCUCGUAUCUCCGCUCUGAAUCUGAAAGCUCCUGGCCUGGUGGUUAUUUGAACAGUCUCUCUAAGCCUUCCGGGCAUCCUGAGCUGACCGCAGUCCUUCAGAUUUAUUUUUCUUGGCUUUGCCGGAAUUCUGUGAGGCGAAGCACCUGCAUUCUUCUCCCCGGUAGAGAGCGCCACCUGACACGUGCUACUUUGGUGCCACUUCCUCAGAGAAGUUAUAUUGUUAACAUUUUAUGUACUUAAAAUUAGAUAACCGUGUAUAAUUUAUGGCUAUGGAUCUUGUGCUAAUCAUGAAUAUUAUGGAAGUCCAAUUAUAAACAUAAACCAAA